UAUGAACUGGUCGGAUGUUACGGACUAAUCCGUUGUUAUUUUUUCUCUUCAACUUGUCUGAUCUGCUGCAGUUGUAUCUUUAUGAUUAUUGUGUACAUUUAUAAAUAAGAUUCAUUUCAGAAAAGAAUGGUUGUAAACAUGGAGACUGGAGAUGAACUAAUUGACAUAAAGAACUCAUUCUUUACAGGAAACUACCAAGUUUGUGUUAACGAAUGUCAGAAGCAUAAGCUGCAAGAUUCCAGCCUAGCGGUAGAGAAGGAUAUCUUCAUGUACCGUUCAUACAUAGCCCUGAAGAAGUACAGGGUCGUCCUGGACGAAAUCUCUUCGUCCUCUCCUGACCUGAUCCAACCCUUGAAGACCCUGGCAACUUUCCUGGCUAACCCGGAGAGGAGAGAGAGUAUGGUGGUAGAUCUUGAUAACAUGAUGUCUGGGAAUCUAGACGUAAACAAUUACGUCCUACUCCUAGUGGCUGGAACUAUAUAUUUACAUGCUGGUCAACCGGAGUCAGCUCUGAAGAUUCUUCACUCUAGCGAGCAUAUUGAAUGCCUAGCUUUGAAAGUUCAGGCGUUGUUGUCGAUGAACCGCCCCGACCUUGCGAGGAAGGAGAUGAAGAACUUGGUUGAGAAGGAUGAGGAUGCAACAAUCACCCAGCUUGCUCAGGCCUGGACCAACCUUCACCUUGGUUCAGAUAAGAUCCAGGAGGCCUACUAUAUAUACAAGGAUCUUCUGGAUAAAUACGGAAACACGUGUCUUCUUUUAAAUGGCUCAGCUGCUUGCUCAAUUGCAGAGGGUAAGUAUGUAGAGGCUGAGGCUUCCUUGAACGAUGGUUUGCAGGAGGAUCCCAACAAUACAGAUAUUCUCGUCAAUCUUCUUGUCAACUCACAGUUCAUGGGCAAACCCCAGGAGGUGAGUAACCGAUACAUGUCUCAGUUGAAGGAUAUGGAUCCUAAACAUCCCUUCCUUGUCUCCGUAGCACUGAAGGAGGCAGACUUUGACCGGAUGUGCAAACAGUACGCAAUCUAACUACGCAAGUAGCUUAGAUUAUUGCGUCAGUUUCAUACAUAAUCUAAAUAAUCAGAUCCAAGUUUCUUCUGAUACCGAAAUCUGCUUUAUUUGAUCCUGUAUCGCUAGAAAAAGUUAUCCAAUGACAUAUUUCUAUUUUAUUUUUAAAAAAUUUCUCAACCUUUUGAAUUGUGAUGCAUUUGUGAUGUUAGCACUUUUAUUUAUAAAACAGUUUUAAUAAAGAGUUUAAUAUUU